UCGAUAGUGCUACAGGCUCACUACGAUCAACAUUAGACUCUAUCGCUCCUAUAAAAAGGAAAUUAUUAAAACAUAGGAGACUAGCACCAUGGUAUAACCACCAAACCCGCCAGUUAAAGCAAAUAGCUAGGAAAUCUGAAAGGAAAUGGCGCUCUUCCAAAUUAUCAGAAUAUCGCUCAAAUUGGCAAGAUGAUCUUAAGAUUUAUAGAAAGGCCCUCCGUAAUGCCAGAGGAGCCUAUUACUCAGCACUAAUAGAAGAAAAUAAGAACAACCCUAGGUUCCUCUUCAGCACUGUAGCCAGGCUGACAGAGUCACAGCUCUAUUGAGCCACAUAUCCCCAUAAACUUAAGUAGCAAUGACUUCAUGAGCUUCUUUUAUAAUAAAAUUAUUACUAUUAGAGAGAAAAUUAAUCACAAACUGCCAUCAACAGCUAUCACUGGCUCUCUAAGUUCAGAAACUUUAACUAUUGUAAAAUCAGAUAUAUAUCUAAAAUGUUUUUCUGCUAUCGAUCUUCAUCAAUUAACUUCAAUAAUUUCUUCAACAAAGCCAUCAACCUGUCUGUUAGACCCGAUCCCAACUAGGCUGCUUAAAGAAGUCGUACCCUUAAUUGGCACUUCUUUCCUGGAUAUGAUUAAUCUUUCUUUAUUAUCAGGAUAUGUACCACAGUCCUUUAAAGUAGCUGUAAUUAAACCCCUUCUUAAAAAGCCCACUCUUGACCCAGGGGUUUUAGCCAACUAUAGACCGAUCUCUAACCUCCCAUUCCUCUUUAAGAUUCUGGAGAAAGUAGUCGCCAAACAGUUGUGUGACUUUCUACAUAACAAUAGCUUAUUUGAGGAUUUUCAGUCAGGAUUAAGAGUUCAUCACAGCACAGAGACAGCUCUGGUUAAAGUUAAUAAUGACCUUUUGAUUGCUUCAGACAAUGGACUUGUCUCUGUACUUGUAUUAUUAGAUCUUAGUGCUGCAUUUGACACCAUUGACCAUAAUAUUCUUUUACAGAGACUUGAGCAUCAAAUUGGCAUGAAAGGAACCGCACUAAGCUGGUUUAGGUCAUACUUAUCAGGUCGUUCUCAGUUUGUACACAGAAACGUACGACUAUUGGGGGAUUUCCCAUGGUGCACUGAGCUCCUCCCUUCCUCUCUCUCUCUUUCUGCACUCAUUCAUGUUCCAUUAAUGCAUGUUACUAACUUCACUUCUUCCCCGGAGUUCUUGUGCUUUCUCGUCUCGCAGGUUCUCAUGGAUCCUGGUGGAGCCUCCUGCCAUGGUCCUGCUUGACUGCCAUUGCUAAUAUCACUGAUAUUAUUAUUAUUAUUAUUAUUAAUAUUAUUAUUACUACAGUUACUAUUAUUACUAUUGUCACUGCUCAUUGUCCCCCAUCGUUGUUGUCGUCGUCGUCGUCGUCAUCAUCUUCUUCAGUCACUACUAUUAGUGUAGUUGUUGCUACUGUUGUUGCUGUGCACCUACCUCUCUCUCUCUCUCUCUCUCUCUCUCUCUCUCUCUCUCUCUCUCUCUCUCACCCCAACUGGUCGAGGCAGACGACCACCCACAUAGAGCCGAAGGAUCUGUCCUAGGUUUCUGCCUUUUAACAGGCAGUUUUUCCUUGUCCUUGCCGCCAAGUGCUUGCUCAUGGUGGUACUGUUGGGUCUCUGUAAAUUAUGUUAUAAGGAGUUCGGUCUAGACCUGCUCUAUUUGAAAAGUGUCCUGAGAUAACUUCUGUUAUGAAUUGGCGCUAUACGCUAAGACCUGUUGCUUUGUACUGGUUGUGCUUGAGUGAUUAAAAUAGGGCUCUUUGUGUUAGUAUCUCUCAACGGCAGCCCAACAAGGAACACUGUCAGGGGAAAAACAUGUAACACCUGUGCAAUGUCA